UGCUACUUUCCCAGGCUUGACUCUGGUGGUAGGAAUGGCGGCUAAGAUUACAAGAGGAAGGAGCCCAAAAACCAUGAAACUUUACUUCUAACGGCCCCGCUGAUGAAUUUGUUUCCGGCGAAACGCCCAAAAAAAAGUCAUCCAAUAACGGAUUAGAGGGGGAAGAAGUGCCGUAACGUGAGAUCAACGCCGUAAACGUCCACACUGAGGAGGUGGACGCACUUUGCGACUCGCUAGUUAGCUUCACGUCAGAGCCGCUGACUUUGAUUCAAGGUAGCCGCUAGCUCGCUGCACUGCUAGCCAGCUGGUGGCUGACCCAACAAGUUAACUAAGUCAUUAACUUUAUGAAAACAUUCCUCUUUUUGAAUACUUGAGUGUUGACCAGCUGCCUUUACCCACACAUAGUAUUGUAGAGGAGCAUAAGGCGACAACAAGCCUGCACAGCGCGGUGAUAACAUUAUACCGCUAACCUAGCUAGUGCAGCGACGCUAGCAGAGCUGGGAUCCUGAAGUCUCGCCCAUUUUUUGGAUCCUGCCCUAGCCAUUGGGUAAGGGCUAAUCAGCGGCCAAGUAGUCUGGUUUUUCGGGGUCAAUCGGUACUACGAUGGAAAGUCUUACGCUCACGGAUAUCGAGCAGAAAUACUACUCUGAUCUGUUCGUCUACUGCGACACGGACAACACCAAGAAAGUGGCGUCCAAUGGGAGAGUUCUUGACCUUUUCCGGGCGGCCCAGCUACCCAGCGAAGUGGUCCUGCAGAUCACAGAGCUAUGUGGAGCAACUCGGCUGGGUCACUUCGGGCGGAGCCAGUUCUACAUCGCUCUGAAGCUUAUUGCCAUUGCCCAGUCCGGUCUGCCCCUGAGGGUGGAAAGCCUCAACUCGGUCAAAGACCUGCCGCUGCCCAGGUUCGUGGUGGGGAAGAAUGAGGCGGAGGCGAGGCACGCCGCUCUGUACCAGGACUCAGACAGUCAGGGGUUGUACCCGGCCUCUGCCGCUGCAGUAAUGCCCAGACCACCAGGCAGGGGUCUCCAGAACAAGAAAGGACCCCCAUCAACCACUUCACUUCCUGCACACGAGGUCAUCCAGCCCCUGGCACCCAGCAUAGAACCACAGCCCGAACCGACGUCCCCCGUGGUCUCCCCUCACCAGUCCCCCCCCAACUCCCCUCACUCGUGGAGGAAACACAAGCGGCAGCCGAGUGGAGGAAACGCAGACCGACCGACGGUGGUGGCUCCAACUGGAGCUGUGUGGACGCAUUUCAGAGAACCACAAGCAGGUCCAGUGCCCGUUGAUGGAAUGUGGCCGUCUCACUCGCCCCCAGCUCCAGGUCAGGAGAGUUGGGUUAGUUUCACAGCAGACACCCCGCCAUCCAGCGCCAUCCCAGGAAUGCAUCCCUCGUCAGUCCAGGAAAGCACAACAAUACGAACGGUGGCCUCGGCGGCAACGACCAAUGAGAUCCAGCGACAGUCCAGCGGCUACGAUGAUCCGUGGAAGAUCACAGACGAGCAAAGACAGUAUUAUAUUAACCAGUUCAAAACCAUUCAGCCGGACCUCACCGGCUUCAUACCUGGUUCAGCCGCAAAAGAAUUCUUCACCAAAUCAAAACUACCGAUUUUAGAGUUGUCACAUAUUUGGGAGCUGUCAGACUUUGAUAAAGACGGAGCGCUGACCCUGGACGAGUUCUGCGCUGCCUUCCACCUGGUUGUGGCCAGGAAGAACGGCUACGACCUCCCGGAGAAGCUGCCCGAGAGCCUGAUGCCAAAGCUGAUUGACCUGGAUGACUCAGCAGAGGGCUCGGAGCAGACUGCUGACGUUGGAUACUCGGGCUCCCCGGUGGAGGUCACCCCCAGCAAGUCCCCCUCCAUGCCUUCACUUAACCAGGCCUGGCCAGAGAUGAACCAGAGCAGCGAGCAGUGGGAGACGUUUAGCGAGCGCUCCUCCAGCUCACAAACUCUGACCCAAUUUGACUCUAACAUUGCACCAGCUGACCCUGACACGGCCAUCGUCCACCCAGUCCCCAUCCGGAUGACACCCAGUAAGAUCCACAUGCAGGAGAUGGAGCUGAAGAGGACUGGCAGUGACCACAACCACCCGACCAGUCCACUGCUGGCUAAACCUCCGGAACUUUCCGAAGAAGCAAAUAUACCCGCCUCCAUGAAGUUUGUAGCUGCCAACACUGUAGGUGAUGGUUACAGCAGUUCAGACUCCUUCACCUCAGACCAGGAGCCAACCACAAGACAAAGGUCUCAGUCGGGAACGUCUCCAGAGCCUCUGAAGGUGGUAGCCCCGCCUCCACCUCCACCCCGCCCCCACCCCUCUCACUCUCGCUCCUCGUCUCUCGACAUGAACCGCACCUUCGCCGCCGCAGUUGUUGCAGGACAACCACAAUCCUCUGCGAUAGCUCCGCCCGCUGUGCCUCCUCGACCGCUACCCACACAGACAUCAGCACCUCACACCGGGCAUCGUGCGGAGGCUGAAGGUGCACCAGGAGGUGCUGCGGCGCUUACCACCACCUCCCCCCAACAGAUUCCCCAGCAGCCCAAUUUCGCUGACUUCAGUCAGUUUAAGGCCUUCGCUGCAUCCGAACAGCCUUCCAGCCUGCCGGAUGUCGAUAUACACAGUGAGCCCGGACAGGUGGAGAAGACAUCGGAGGGAGCCGGUCCUUUAAGAACAGUCAAGAGUGACGGCCAAGCAGAUGAGAGAGCCUCAGCUACUGUCAACUCUGCCAAAGGUUCUGGGUCUGGUCCGAUAGCGCCUCCUCCAAAGCCUGUGCGGCGAAGGUUGAAAUCUGAAGACGAGCUACGACCAGAGGACGAGCAACACGGUCCGCAGAAAUCAAACGUCAUAGCUGCUGUCCUGGCCACUCAGCCCUCCAUCCCCAGGUCAGUAGGAAAAGACAAAAAGGCUAUUCAAGCUUCAAUCAGAAGAAACAAGGAGACAAACACAGUGUUGGCACGACUUAACAGUGAACUGCAGCAACAGCUGAAGGACCUGCUUGAAGAGAGGAUAUCCCUGGAAGUCCAGCUGGAGCAGCUCAGACCUUUCUCUCAUCUUUAACCAACGUGAGGAGGAAAACUCUGCUGUAGUGAAGCAAGGCUGUGGCCCUCUGUGUGACUCCCCCUCCGUCCCUCCCUCCCUCCCUCCUCCUUCCACUAUCACGGCUUUUCCCUGGAGGCUCCGACCUGCAGCAGGGUGCUCCGUUAAAACUCUUGCUCUCAAUCACACACUUAAUUGAUCAUAAACCCGGAAGGACCUGAUAACACAGUCUUACAACAAGGAGGAGGGGACAGAAGUGUUGGGGGGGAGGAAA